GUGUUGUUUUCCCGCGGAAACUCGCGUCGGAAGGAAGUGCUGAAAAAAUGUUUCUCACUCUAAUUUUCGUAGUUUUUGUGAUAUUUGUGGUCCAUCAUCUGUGGAUUAAUCGUAAAAUGUAUCAAUUGUCACUGAAAAUGCCAGGACCCUUCAUGCUACCCUUCGUGGGUAGUAUCCACUUGAUGAUUGGAAAGAGUUGUGAGGAAUUUAUGAGGAUUUUUCCCGAAAUAGCCAGUAAAUUUUCCAGUCCCUUUCGUUUCUGGUUGGGUACGAAGCAAUAUAUUAUUAUUUCUCAACCGGAGGAUAUGAAAAUAGUGCUAAACGCUGUGGAAUGUCUCGAAAGGGGUUCCGUGUAUCAAUUUAUUCCACCAGUUCUUGGUGAUGGAGUACUAACUAUGUCAGUGCAUGAUUGGAAGCGGCAUCGAAAAUUCAUGAAUGCCUCAUUCAGCUUCAGCAUUUUGCAGAGUUUCUGUCCAAUUUUCAAUGACAGAGCCAGAAUGCUUGUGAAACGUGUUCGAGAUUUUACGAAGGAACAUCCUCAAUCCGUAGACUUUUACAAAUUUAUGGAAGGCUUCACUCUUGAUACUGUUUGUCAAACCACGAUGGGUUCAAAGAUGAAUAUUCAGGAGGGUCAAAAUACAGAGUACCUCGAGGGAGCGAAUAAUUUAAUGAUUUGUAUGGCACGGAGAUUAUUAAAUCCAUUUUAUCAUUUGGACGUUUUCUACAAGUUCAGUUCUCUGUACAAUUUGCAAGAGAGUGGCAAGAAAAUAGUCCUUGGAUUUGUCAAUAAGGUGGUGCAGAGGAAAAGGGCGGAAUUUAACGCAUCGAAGGUGGAAGUUGGAUGGAAAAGAAAUGAUCGAUUACCUCAAGUUCACAUCGAUCAACUAUUGAGGUUGGCAGAUUGUGGUGAGAAAUCCUUCACUGAGGAGGAUGUCAUCACUGAAGCCGGAACACUCAUACUAACAGGUUUCGAGUCAACAGCUCUAAGUGUUUCGUAUUGUGUCCUAAUGAUUGCAAUGCAUCCCGAUGUGCAGAAUAGACUCCAUGAUGAGAUUAUGGAUAUUUUGGCGGGAAAUUCACCUGAUAACCUGAGAUACGAAGAUGUCAAAGAAUUUCGGUACAUGGAGCAAGUUAUUAAGGAGACCCUGAGACUCUUCCCAGUGGUCCCACUCGUGGCGAGGUCGGUUAGUGCACCAUUUAAAUUAAAUGACUAUAAGAUACCAGAGGGAGUGAAUAUUGUCCUGGCAUUCAUGCUAAUGCAUAGAAAUAAAUCUCUGUGGGGAGCAGAUGCACAUAUCUUCGAUCCUGAACAUUUUGCGCAGGAUCGCAUUGAGAGGAUGCACCCAUAUGUCUUCCUACCGUUCAGCGGUGGACCGCGAAAUUGCAUGGGUAUUAAGUAUGCAUAUUUAGUAAUGAAGAUUGCUCUUGUACACCUUCUGUAUAACUUUGAAUUUUCAACUGAUCUGAAAUUGUGUGACCUCAAACAUCGCUUUGAAGUGACACUGAAACUAGUAAAUAAGCAUAUGGUGCGUGUUAAACCACGAAAAUCAAACAUUCUUGAUUCUAUUUAAUUCCAUUUUCCCCAUUUUCCAUUGAUCCAUCCACAAUUGUGAACAAUUUUUUUCCCCUGGAGAUUUACAGUGGAAAACCCAAUUCCCUCAAAGUAGAUUUAUUUUCCUAGCAAAGAGAGUGGUGGUUUUCAGUUGAGGGCUUGUGUGAUGCCUCAGAGCAAGUCAUAUGGGUGUCUUUCCAUUGUGGUCCUCCGACGUCAAAUGGUCCUGAUCGAUUGACGGAUCGAAGUUCAACAAAUUGAUUUCUAUCGCUGCCAUUCAUGAAAGCUUCAUGAACAAUUUAUGGGCCACUUCGAAAGCAUCGUGUGCCUAAAUAAAUAAUGCUACGAGAUAUUUUUCCUCAAUAGUAUAAUUCAAUGUUGGCCAUAUGAGUGAAAUGAGGCGAAGAAACACCCAAAUUGAUAUUUUUGCCUUUCAAUUGUGCUGACUCCUUGAAGUCAAUCCAUCUCUUCGGUAAACGUUGAUAAUUUUCACCCUGAACAUUCAUCAUUUUUAUUUCAAUGGCCAUUUUCUUUCAAGAAAUAUUAUACUAAUGAUUAUCCCAAAAUGUAUGAAAUUUUAAAGCAUAGCAAAUAUUAUGAUUAUUCCAAAAUGUAUGAAAUUUUAAAGCAUAGCAAAUAAUGUCUCGGGAUGUAAUUGGUAAGAGCGCUCAACUCUUGAGCAGUUGGACAGACCCAUCCGGUGCAAAAAAUUAAAGAGUCUAGGACUAUUUUUCACGAAACAUUGUACACCGAAUAAAUAUUUUCAAAUUAAAGAAUAUAGGGAAGUGGGACAACUUUGAGAGUGUGGUAAAGUGCCUGCUUCGUUAUCCGGAUGAUUGGGAGACAAUAUGACAGAUGUCCGCUUCGUAAUCCGGAUAGAUUUUUUGAAUUUGUUCAACGUUUCGAAAAUAUAAUACAAGUUUUUUUUUGUAGAAUUAGAAUAAAAGUUUUAAAGAAGCUCAAAAAGACAUAAUUAGAGAAUUCUAUGCUAUUAUACCUCAUUUAUUAAACAAAAACAUUACAGGAUAAUUCAUUUUCAUUGCUGAACUCACAUGCAUACAUGACCGCAAAAUUAUUUUAAAUAUAACCGCCGAUAAAUCGUCCGGAGUACGGCGAUCCGGAUUAGAGAGUGGGCACUGUGCCUUUGAAAUUGGGAUUUUUCUCCUAUAUUUAAGUGGAACUGAGCCAUAUCAUAAUAAAAUUAAGCUUCUCAUUCUGUUUGUGCAGCUAAAUUAUAUCACGAUAAGGCUCAAUUUUAUUUAAAAAUAAGUGAAAAUCCUAAUUUCAAAGGUACCCAACUUUCAAAUGUGCUCCACUUCCCCCUGUGCAAAUUAGUCAAGGGAAAUUCUGUAAUAGUAUGACAAUAUCAUAUGACAAAUUUAAAAAUUCUAAUGUGCUAAAUACGGAAAAAUUAAUCGACAAUCAGUUUCAUAUCAAUUACUAAGAGCUUCAUAGGGCUGCUUGGAAUGGCUAUUCUAUACUCAUUGGGGUUUAAUGUUUUCUGCCCCCGAGUUUACCAUGAAAAUUUGUCCUAUGACAUUGUCAUACCGUUAGAGAAUUUGGUUGGUAGAUCAAAAAUAAUAAGUCAAAUUAAAAAAUCGAUUUCCAGGAAGAACCAGGACUCUUUCUGUUUAAGGGCUCUUAUCAAUUACACCACGAUAUCCUUAAAAAAAACUUUAAAUGCAAUUAACUUUCGAUAGUUUUAUUGGAUUUGCAGCAAAAUUUGCAGCUCAAUAUUCAAGUUUAUAAUAAAGUUUAUAUUCCCUAAUAAAAUAGUAUUGUAUAAUGCGUAAUUCUAGUCUUGCUUCCAAAUUUAAAAAUAAGUACAAUAUUUUAAUAAAGGAAAACUGAUUUUAA